AUUAAAUUGUUGUCUUGCGUGUUAUUGUAAUGUAGAAUGUGGAUGCUUGGAUCUUUAACAAACUAAAAUGUGUUUGUUUUAUUUAGAAAGAAGAGCUGCCAAAUUUACGUCUGUGAAGAAUUUUUUUCAUUUUAUUGAAGCUGAUAAAGCUGAGAUAACGCUUUAUGUUGAGGAAUUUCCAUUUCCAAAUAUCACUUGCUAUAAAGAUAACAAAGAAAUUAUAUUUUGUAUUGGAAAGAAAAUGAAAGGAUCUCCAAGUUUUAACUUAUUGGCCUGCGAACAGGAUCAAUAUGGAUUAAACGGUGUCCCUCAGUUGAUUAUUCAAUCAAUCUCUUUUGUGAGAGAUGAUGGAAACUACACAUGUGUUGCCACUACCAACAAUCCCCCUGGGAAGGAUGUUGUUUCAUUUUACGUCAAUGUUGAAGUGCCACCAUCCAUCAGCACAGGAAAUAGUGAAUAUUUCACAGCACGACACAACACUGAAGGCGAGAUUAAAUGCAUGAUAAGAUGGUCUAAUCCAAGACCAAAUAUAACUUGGUAUCUACAGAUUGUUAUCAACAGUAGCGAACCUGUCUCGAAUAACUGGACCCUUUCACUGUAUAAGUCUUCGUUUAAAAAAGGAAAACAAAGGACAAUAUGA